CCGCGCGGAGCUGGUGGCCGGGGGGACGGUUUGCGGCGAACAGUUACGCCCCGUGCCAGGUGCGGCGGAAGACGGAGGUCGGGAUGAAGAGCAGAGUGAAGCCACGGAGGGGGCUCCUGCUGCUGUUCCUGGGGGUCCAGCUGCUGCUCGUGGGGGCGUUCCUCUACCAGGUCCACCGCUGCCGCGGCGUAGGCUCCUUCCUGCGCCUCCUGACGCAAGCCAGGCCCCAGGCCGCAGGACAGCUGCCCUCCUUGGCCCCGUUCUCCUCGCCCGGAGUCCCCCACCACGACGUCUACGCCAACCUCAGCCAGAUCCGCCCCCUGAACGUCAGCCAGGAUGAGCUGCCCAACUGCCCUGAGGUCUCACCCUACGUCAGCGGCCCCUUGAAGGUGACGAUCCCGGAGAACCUGACACUGGAGGUGCUGGUGAGGAGGAACCCGCUGGUGGAGCCGGGCGGGCAGUACUGGCCGCCUGACUGCUGGCCCCGGCACCACACAGCGGUGGUGGUGCCCUACCACGGGCAAGCCCGGCACCUGCUGCACCUGCUCUUCCACCUGCACCCGUUCCUGCAGCGCCAACAGCUGCACUAUGCCAUCUACGUGGUGGAUCCGGUAAACAACACCGCCUUCAGCCGAGGCCGGCUGCGCAACGUGGGCUUCUGGGAGGCCCUGCAGGACGGGGACUGGGACUGUGUCUUCCUGCACGCCGUGAACCUGCUCCCGGAGGACGACCGCAACCUCUACACCUGCGACCUCUUCCCCGCCCACGUGUCCGUGGCCAUCGACAAGUUCAACUACAGGCUUCCCUACCAGGGCUACCUCGGAGGGGUGUUUGCCCUGCGCCCCAUCCACUUCCUGAGGAUAAACGGCUUCCCCAACACACACUGGGGCUUGGAUGACGAGGACAGCGACAUUGCUGCCAGGGUGAAGCUCAGCGGGCUGCUCCUCUCCCGGCCCCACCUGCUCUUCGGCCGCUACCACAUGCUGGAGGGGCAGGACGCUGGCCCCGCGCGCGGCGUCCAGAGGUGCGAGAACUGGGACAGAGGAAUCCAGCGUCUUGUGCAGGAGGUGUGGAGAGAAGAGACCGAGACCGUAAUCAGACCCAGGGAUUCGGCUAUAUAUAUAUAUAUACACACACACACACAUUAUAUUGUUCUGCUACUCCGUUGUUCCUGGUAUUUUUUCCUGGUGCAGAAAACGUGGGGAAGAGUGGUGAAAACCAAGCGGCCGGCUGAGUAGUUACAGCCUAUCUACCUCAUGGGGUACUACGCAGCCUCUAGAAAGUGGUAGAGUGUUAAAAAUCAAACAUGCGCACGUGUGGUACAGACUGGUUCUCAUAAAGGUGCGGUGGGUAAAGCCACCACUGGGUGUCUGCAUCCCGUACUGGAGCGCGUGGCUCAAGUCCUGCCUCCACUUCCCAUCCGGCUGCCUGCCGAUGCGCAUCCUGGGAGGCGCAGGUGACGGCCAGGUGCGAGUCCCUGCCGCCCACACGGGGCCUGGGUGCAGUUCUUGGCCACUGCCUGGCUCUAGGCAUUUAGGGAGUAAACUGGGAGAUGUGAGAUCUCUCUCCAUUUCUUUUUUUUUUUUAAGAUUUAUUUAUUUAUUUGAAAGUCAGAGUUACACAGAGAGAGGAGAGGCAGAUAGAGAGAGAGAGGUCUUCCAUCUGCUGGUUUGCUCCCCAGUUGGCCACAAUGGCCAGAGCUGUACCAAUCCAAAGCCAGGAGCCAGGAGCUUCUUCCAGGUCUCCCACAUGGGUGCAGGGGCCCAAGCACUCGGGCCAUCUUCUACUGCUUUCCCAGGCCGCAGCAGAGAGCUGGAUGGGAAGUGGAGCAGCGGGACUAGAAUUGGCGUCCGUGUGGGAUGCCAACACUGCAGGCAGCACCGCUAUGGCUCAGCGCUGGUCCCUCUCCAUUUCAAAUAAAUGAAAAUCAGUAAUGAUAAUAGAGAAAGAAGAGAGGGUUCCUAUAUAGGUGUAUGAUUAUAGCGGUGUGUGUGUGUGUGUGUGUGUGAGUGUGUGAUGUGUGGCAGCCAUACUCUGUAAAGAGCCCAGCAUUAAUAUGUUCGGCUUGGAGGCCAUAUCUGCACAGCUGCCCGGUUCUGCCGAUGGAGCGUGAAGACAGCUCCAGACACUCCCCCCCCCCCCCAUAUCUAUAUAAAUGCGCGGGACUGUGAUUUACUAAGGAAAAAGAAGAUUGGCCGGUUAGAUUUCGCCGGUGGCCACAGCGUGGUGACUGCUGUUUGUUGAUUAGGAGUCUUCUGGAUCGAGUGUCGGCACUGAUUAUCUGCCGAGAGGCUGGGCAGGGGCGUGGGGUGUGCAGGGAGGGUGGAGGUGAGCUGACUGCGAGACACCGUGCACUCCCGAACCACGUUGAUGCCUCUGUCACAGCUACGCGUCCAUGUGUCUGUAAUAAGUAACCACCAUUGUAUUUAUAUUUGUUACUCUGAAAUAAUUACUAUGACACAACCUCACAAUGUAUAUUCAACAGAGAAUAAACUUGGUAAACAGUUACAUGAGAUUGUUAAAAAAUAACCCUGAUCCACCUGCCGCAAAGCCUGCUGGACAGGAGAGUGUGAUGUGCGCGCACGCACACGCACACGCAGAUUUUUGCAUGAAAAUAGACUCAUCUUUUAACUCUGCUUUCUCAGACUGGAGCGUCCUCACACCUGCUUACCUGUAUGUAGUGCAUAGACGCACAGACGUGUGGACACACAUGCCUGUGUGACGUCCACGUCUACAUGCGGAUGCACACUCGCGUUGUGUUUCACGUCGGUCCUUUGCCGCACUGCAGGGGUGCCGUCACCCACCAUGGCAGUGUCAGCCAACUUGCCUGUGGAUGUGGUCUGUGCGGUGCCGUCCUCUAGAACAGGGCUGGACGCUGCGGCAGCUGGUGACUUAGGGAUGACAUCCACACCCUUACUAAAGCUAGUUCAAAUGUGGGUGCUUCCGCUGCUGCCUAAAUGUCCUGUUUGCCAGUUUCCCCUCCGUAAGGUAACGCGUGACCGUGGGCUGUGGAUUCUACGGUGUAAAAUUGGAUUUUCUUGGGAGGUUUUCCCGCCUUGAGAACUUGGUGUCUGCUUCGUUGAUGAGCGUGCUGCUGCAGCGGGAGCCCUCCCUGAGCAGCUUCCCACGGCCGCGGCGUGCGUACGGCUUCUCCCCGGUGAUCCCGUGACGGCUUGGACGUGAGGGGCUUCCCACACCUGUGGCACUGGCGCAGCCUCUCUGCCAUGCCACCACGCGUGCUUCUGAGCGCAGGCCUGCCCACAGCCAGCCCACCCGUGGGACUCUUGCCCUGUCCAGAUUCUUGGGGGCCGGCCGAGUGACGGCUUCCCCGUAUCCACUGUACACGUGCUGUCUCUGUCCACUGUACGCAUGCCGUCUGUCCGCUGUACACGUGCUGUCUGUCCGCUGUACGCGUGCCGUCUGUCCGCUGUACACGUGCUGUCUCUGUCCGCUGUACGCGUGCUGUCUCUGUCCGCUGCACGCGUGCUGUCUCUGUCCGCUGUACGCGUGCUGUCUCUGUCCGCUGCACGCGUGCUGUCUCUGUCCACUGUACGCGUGCUGUCUCUGUCCGCUGCACGCGUGCUCCUCUGUCCACUGCACACGUGCUGUCUCUGUCCGCUGUACACGUGCUGUCUCUGUCCGCUGUACGUGUGCUGUCUGUCCGCUGUACGUGUGCUGUCUCUGUCCGCUGCACGCGUGCUUCUCUGUCCGCUGUACACGUGCUCUGUCCACUGUACACGUGCUGUCCGCUGUACGCAUGCUGUCUGUCUGCUGUGCACGUGCUGUCUCUGUCCACUGUACGCGUGCUGUCCGCUGUACACGUGCUGUCUCUGUCCACUGUACGCGUGCUGUCUCUGUCCGCUGUACGCGUGCUGUCUCUGUCCGCUGUACACGUGCUGUCCGCUGUACACAUGCUGUCUGUCCGCUGUACGCGUGCUGUCCGCUGUACACGUGCUGUCUCUGUCCGCUGUACGCGUGCUGUCUCUGUCCGCUGUACGCGUGCCAUCUGUCCGCUGUACACGUGCCGUCUGUCCGCUGUACACGUGCCGUCUGUCCGCUGUACACGUGCUGUCUCUGUCCGCUGUGAGUUUUCUGGGGCGAUCCAGGGGUGCGGCGUGGGGAGCGGCCUUUGGCACACACACCACAUUCAUGCAGUGGUCUCUGCUGUGAGUUCUGAGGAGAGGACGUGACGAAGGCUUGUCCGCAUCGUCUGUGUCCCUGGCGGUGCUGGACACAGCGACUCCUGGGCGGGGCCCCGCGCGCAUGCAGUGGGAAUCGGACGCUGCGUGAGUGUGGUUCACGGCUGAGCCCUUUUCUGCAUUGGUUCCUUUGCAGAGUUUUCCUCCUGGCCACUGCUCCCUGCGAGCGCUGGAAGUGCCGCAGGCCAGUUGCUGCCCAGGGCCGAGGCUGCGGCUGCUCUCUGACCUGCCUCGCGUGUGCCCGUGGAUUCCGGGGUAGGCUGCUAGGGCUCACGCGGGGCCCUUCGCGAAGUCUUGUCUUGGAGAAGGAAGGCGGGCCGCAGGGUGAUUUCCCAGGGCCCCUGUCACCACUGUCACUGUCUACUCAGAGUCGUCCACAAUGAACACGGCUGGGAAGCUCACUUUGAUGUUGCUGCUGCUCCGUGCAUGGCCAGCAGCCAGCUGCAGUUUGUUUUGUUUUGUUUUGUUGAAGAUUGAAUUUAUUUGAGUAGUAGAGUUAGAGGAAAGGCAGAGAGAAAGAUCUUCCAUCUGCUGGUUCACUUCCCAGAUGGCCGCAAGGGCCAGAGCUGGCCAAUCCGGAGCCAGGAGCUUCCUCUGGGCCUCCCACGCAGGUGCAGGACCCCAAGGACCUGGGCCAUCUUCUACUGCUUUCCCAGGCCACAGCAGAGAGCUGGAUUGGAAGUGGAGCAGCCGGGACUCGACAAUAAAACCACCUAAUGAAGCGUUUCCACACUCUCUCCCGUGUUUACGUGACCCAUCACUGGGUCUGUCAAUCAUCUGUCCAGCACUUGGUGCGUGCCAGCCAGCAUUCCAUGUGGUACGCAUGAAAUUCACACGAUCCUCCCGACAACCCCCCAAGGCAGUAAGACCUAUUGUCCUUGUUCUACCGAUGCAGGCGAGACACGGACGGUUACUUGGCCAAGAUCACUCAGAACCUUGAACACAGGCAACCUGGUUCCAGUGGCGGUGGCAGUCUGCAUAGCUGGGUUUAGGAUGACAACUGUAGGAUGAACUAGACCAGGACAACACUGGUAGCUGGCCAGGGCUUGAGGGAGGGGCUCGGAAAUAUAGUCGUUCAUUAGUUUUCAUGUCUAAAUCCCCAUGCUUUCUGUCAUUGGUAGAAACAAUGUUGAAGUCCUCGGUCUUCUGUUACAAGUAUUAAGCUUUGCCCGUCCUGACUUGGCUAAGCAGUGAUAGAAGACCCCAGCCCCAACUCUCAAACUGUGAAGCUGCCAUUGUACCCCUGAGAACAAGGAGUGGACAUUUACCCCAAGAAGGGUGUCCUGGACAGGUGGGUGAGCAGGCUGACCCUGGCAUGUCCUUCACCUCUCUUCCGUGGGAGUGAGCUCAUCUCUCCGUUAGGACUUCAGCUGUAACCUACUGGACACACCUCUGCAGUGCACUUGAGAGGAAGGGAAGGGAGGCGUGGGUUAUUCCAAUGGUCUAGGCUGUAGCCAGGAGCAGGAACACACCCCAGGCUGCCCGUGUGGGUGAGAGGAAGCCGGUCCUUGAGCCAUCGGCACUGCCCAGGGGCUGCCUUAGCCGGCAGCUCAGUGUGGGGCUCGGAAGCCGUACCUGCGGGGCUAAGUGCUCACUUUCGCUUUCGCUUUCCUUGUUUGUUUUACAGCCAAGAGUGGGCGUCCACAGUCAUCUGAUUUACUGAACUGCACAAACAGCAGGUGCUCGACGAAAAUGAAACUGCUGAACCCGUGGCCGUACUUUGCCAGACUUUAGUACUGAGUGUACUACCGCCGUCGCACCUCGCUGCUUGUCGUCUUUCAGUCACUUUGAGAAACCGCAUCCGUGUUUCACCCUCUAUAAAAAACGAGUGUUCAUCAAUGUUCUCAUCAAGUGCAUGAUGUCAUCUGGGAGAGUGCACCGUCGCACACAUCGGGCAGCGUCCUUGCCCUCCCCUCUCCACCCCGGCGGCCCACCACUCCGCUCUCUGGAUCUGACCGCCGUGGCUGCCCCAUGGAAGCAGAGCCACGUUCUUGUCUCGCAUGUCCAGCGUGUCCCACGCAGCACAGUGUCGAAGGCUUGUCCGUGUCGUAGCGUGUGUCGGAACCCUGUCCUUUCUAAGACUGGAGCACCCUAGCAUAUCCACCGGCCACACGUUCAUCCGCGGACGGGUGGCCUUCAUUCAGAUCUUCCCCCGUGAACAGCGCGGCUGUACAAGUGCCUGCUCAAGUCCUGCUUUCAACUCUGGAAAUGGCAGGAGUGGCACUUCCAGGCUCAAGUCCUUUUCCCAUCUUUUAAUUGGAUUAUUUCCUGUUUCAUUUUUCACUCUAAGAUUUAUCUAAUGUGUUUAUUUAUUUGAAAGACUGACGGAGCGGGAUGGACAGAGAGAUUUAUUUUACAGCUGCUCAUUCACUCCCCAGAUGGCUGCAACAGCCCAGCUAGGCUACACCAAAGCUGGGAGCCACGAGCUCCAUCUGGUUUCCCACGUGGGUGGCACAGGCCUAAGUGCUUGGGCCUUCAUCUGCUGCCUUCCCAGGCACCUUAGCAGGGACCAGAGGGCUGCAGUGGCCAGGGCUGGGCCAAGCCAAAGACAGCAGCCAGAAGCUCCAUCUGGGUCUCCCUUGCGAUUGACGGGCAAAAACACUCAAGCCGUCUCCACUGCUGUUCCCAGGCCAUUAGCAGAGAGCAGCCAGGACUCGAACCGGCGUCCCUGCGGAUGUCGGCGCCGCAGCGUUGGCCCCAACCGGACAGAUUUCUUGGGGAAAGCAUACUGGCCGAGUGUGUAGGCAUGAUUGGGUUUGAGUGUGUCCUUGUCCAUCUCGGCCUGGAUGAAGUGGAAACCCAACCGUACUGACCGGCUUCUGCCACUAGAGGGAGCCCUUCGGCACGGUCAGGUUCUCGCCCUGGACAACAGGGCGAGAGCCCACUUCUGCCUAUGGUGCAGAAAUGGCUUCUUUCUCGAGCCGCGGUCGUAAAGGACGGCCGACGAGGGCCUAGUGUAACUUCAUAAAGAGUAAGUGGCACACCAGCAGUAGUUGCUGCGGGAUUCCGGGCCACCUGCUGGGUUUGGGUACAGGUGUGCAGCCAGGGGUCACCUGCACAUUGCACUGGGGAGGAGCUGCCACUACCCAGGCUGUGUUU